CCGCCCCGAGAGCCGCCCCGAAAGCCGCCCGAGAGCCACGGGCCUCCGAGAGCCUCCUGCCGCCGCGUCCCCGCCGCCUCGAGAGCCGACGUCGAGCACGCAGCCAGCAGCGCCGCUCCUGAAGAGAAUGGAAGGGCUUCAGAGAAGCAGAUAUGGAACUAUGACUGAAGGCAGAGGGGAAGAUAACUGGUUUGCUACAUCGUCCUCACUGAGGAUCAUCCUGGUGGGCAAGACAGGCAGUGGGAAGAGUGCCACAGGGAACAGCAUCCUCUGCCAGCCAGUGUUCGAGUCCAAGCUGAGGAGCCAGCCUGUGACCAGAAAGUGCCAGGCAGAGACAGGGACCUGGGAUGGAAGGAACAUCCUGGUGGUUGACACACCCCCCAUCUUCGAGGCAGGGGCUCAGACCCAGGACACGUACAAGGACAUUGGGGAUUGCUACCUGCUCUCUGCCCCGGGGCCCCACGUGCUGCUGCUGGUGACCCAGCUGGGGCGCUUCACUGCCCAGGACACGGUGGCGGUGAGGAGGGUGAUGGAGAUCUUCGGGGAAGAAGCCAUGAAACACAUGGUGGUCCUCUUCACCCACAAGGAGGACUUGAUGGGCGAGUCCUUGGACAAUUACGUCGCAAACACGGACAACCAUAGCCUGAGGAGCGUGGUCCAGGAGUGCAGCAAGAGAUACUGCGCCUUCAACAACAAGGCCACCGGGGAGGAGCAGGGGGAGCAGCGGGCCCAGCUGAUGGCCGUGGUCGAGAGGCUGGAGAGGGAGAGCCAGGGCGCCUUCCACACCAACAGCCUCUUCUUUGAAGCCCAGAUGCUGCUGCAAGAGGGGGGCAGUGCCCACGGGGAAGAGCACAGGUGCUUCCUGACCAAGGUGCAGGAGUAUGUGGAAAAGCAGCAGCGAGCCCUGAAAGAGAGAGGCAGUAACUGGGCCUCCAGGGUGCUCCUCAGAGUCAAAACCUGGGUGUUUUCUAACCCUGGGAUAUCUGCCUUCCUUGUUAUAUGUUUUCUGAUUUUUCUUGCCGUUUUAAUUAACUUGUGUAUUACUCAUGCACACUGAGCGUUUUCAGAUGAUUUCUGCAGUCAGCUAUAUUAUUUUUUGAGUCCCCGUCUCUGUCUGUGUCAGAUUCUUUAUAUGCCUUUUUACAUAAUUUCACUUCAGUUUCUCUUCCUUGUGUUAGACAUGCCACCUUUUCUUUUCAAGUGCUUUUAGGUAAAUAAAAUCCAAAGGAAAAAAAAUUUUUUGUUUUUGUUAAAAAUUGUAGCAGUAAGAACAAAAGGGAUGAGAAACUAACCGUCACAGGAUGUCUGCAGGAAGGAAGGUGGUGGACUGUGAAGCUGUGCGGAUGUCCUACCUCUGGGCCGUAUUUUGUGCAACGAUGCUGUCGAGGGGAGACACGCGUUACAUUAAAAGCUGGUGGCAAAAUUCUUUAUUUUAUUCAGAAACAUGCUCUGAUUUCAUUGGAGUUGGUCAUAAAAGACGCCCAUCCCCAUCCCCACACCUUCGAGAGAGGAUGAUGAGGUUGUUGAGGGGACUUGAGGGGACUUUCCAAGGCAAGAAGAGGUCCGGGACGGAAUGCACAAGAGGGUCUGGCAUGAUCAAGGAGAGAAAAGGGGUCACCACAGCGGGGUGGGGCUGAGCCUUAGGAAAAGCAAUCGCUGAGAAAUUCCAGUGGCGGGGAAAUGAAGGAACUGUAAUGUCUUAAAGCAGGCAUUGGCAGGGCCAGAUAGUGAAUACUUUAGGCUUAAAAAUGGUCUGUAGUCUGCUCAGCUCUGCCCUGGCCGCCACAGGCAAUGCAAGGCUACAUUCCUAUAAAACUUAAUGAACAGGGACAUCUGAAUGUCAUGUAACUUUCCUAUGUGGCCAUGAAACAUAAUUCUUCCUUUGAUUUCUUCAACCAUUUUAAAAUGUGAA